AUGAGUCCAAUCGAUGGCCUGCACCUAGAUACGAGCUUCCUCACAGACGAAUCAAUGAACGACCUGGCAGGUAUGCAGAUGACAGACAAUGGCAUACAGGGACUACCUGUGGGCGAGGAUGACGUAUUGUCACUGGUAGUCCCUCCUAUGUGUCAAACGCAGGGUGGUAUUCAUGUCGAUGAUCUCAAUCCUAUUCUAUCAAAACUUGCAGCUGCAGUUCAGGCAAAACUCCCCCAGCAAGAUGCAGCUCAUCUUUAUGAGCUAAAAGAUCUACUCAGUGCCAGCUACAACACACUGAUUAGAAUGGUCCAGCGCCAGAUCGAUACUACAGGGUAUCAACCUCAUUCGCCCGGCUCGUCUGACUCGCCUGGUAGCACGCACAAUGGGGACAAAUACAUCUGCUAUCUCUGCCCCAAGGAAAAUCACAACAUACUAUUCGCGGAUCGAGGUACUUUCAGGCGCCACGUCUCAUACAAACAUCACCCAGAGUUUCGAUACUUGUGCCUAGCCCAUCCAAUUUGCGACUGGGGGACAAACAGGCGGGAUAAGAUUUACCCUCACAUGAGAACCCACCGAAUAUAUCAAGUGUCUCAAGCGCAAGUGAAUCGAUUUGCGAUUAGGCAGAGACCACCGCGAAAUUGCGGGCUAUGUUGGAAGCCCGUAAGCUGCUGGGCGGAGUACUUCAAGUGCGUUGCCAACCAUUGUCGUAUCAAGAAUGUCGAUUCGACGAAUUCAAGCGCAAGCUUGAGCAGACGGGGCAGUGAUGAUCGCGGAGGAGGUGGUAACAAUGGAACUGGAUUCGGUGGAAAUUAUCCCCCUGGAAAUGGUUUCGGUCCAUCGGGUCCGCAGCAGUUCUACCCCGGCAACAAUGGGAGUUUUUCUUCAAGUGAUGCCGGUCAGAACAAUGGCCAUUAUGGACAUAAUUUCUCUGGCUACACGGGCACUACAAACCGAGAUGACGAGGACUCUACCUCAAGCUACUCCUGCGGUGAGGCCGAUACCGUCGCAGAUGUAGCUCCAUCACCAUCUUGCUGUUCCAGCGACAUACCACACGCGAUGGAUGUUCCUGCCCCAUCUAGUAUCAUAAGCCAGCACUUGGCGCUGAUGCAGAUGACAGAGGAAACUGAAAGCUGCGAUUCGGUUUCGCACGGGGAGGAUUACCCACCAUCCACUUCUGGCGAAUCCGAUCUAAGAGACCUCGGUGACGAAACUUAUCGCCGUAUAUCACGGCCUCCAAACGAUGCUGCUUCAGAUCGCAAGCGGACUCCUCGUCUUAGGACUGAAGAUCUCUUCAAAAAGCAGUGCCAGGGUUGCGGACACGUUCUAGUCGAGUGCGAUAAGUGCUGCCGUUUAAAGGAGACCAUCUUCCAGUGCCACUUCUGCGCGGACAAUACCUGCAAGCUCCCCGCUUCUAUGAGAGACCCCCAAGAAAGCGAGGAAUCGGAAAGAUGCAAGCGGACCAUUAACAAAGGCGACAUAGGCAUCCCAGGACGUCCACUUUGGACUGACCAUUGGUCUCUGUCGCCAACUGAGCACUCUUUGGAGCCUCUAUCCCUUUUUGAUCAUGAUCACUAUAUGGAACCUGCGAAAGGUGCCAACAUGGAAGCUGGAAAAUCAUCGAAUGACCACAUCCUUGGCUUGAAAGCUGCCAAUGAUGAGUGUGUACAUUUUGGCAGUUCUUGUCCACUUAGUCUGGAUUCUCCUGUUGACUCGGAAGUGACUUGUUCCUCGAUGAACCUAGACACUUCAUAUUGCCAAGCGCCACCCUCUCUAGACGCUAAAGGACCACAAGAAGCAUUCGAAGCUGUCCAUAAAUAUGGAAGAGGUAACCUAUUCAAGACAGAAGAGUUCAUACAAACACUCGAUAUGUUGUCUGCCACGGAGUCGACAUAUCAGUCGGUCGAAAUCCUUUCUUUCUUUGUCCUGAAUGCAGUGCAAGAUUUCUUCGACCAAAUGCUUGUUUCUUGGCUCGCCUGCGAGGCAGCCCUUUUACAUACAGUGUCAUUGUCGUACUGUUUCGGUGAAAGGAGCAUUUCUGAGAAACGAACCGAGUCCGCCAUCAGUCGGCGCUACUUACCCCAUCCAUGGGAGAAGAUGCGUUACCAACCCACAGCUAGACAGAUUCCGCGGAGGAAGCAUUCGCAGCUGCGAACGAAGCUUCAAGUGAUCUCCGGAAUACUCAUCCUCCGUGCCACUGUUCUGAGGAGAAAGCCAAUGAUGAUUUCAUCCACAGAGACUUCCGCGGAAGUCUCCGAGCCUAGCAAGAUAGGUACUGAGCUCCAGAUAGUCGAGCCAGGUGUCCAGGUUUCCCCAACUCUCGAGGUGAUGUUCAGCCGAGGCACAGAGGUGGUAGCGGAUGCUGUUUCCAGCUUGAUUACCGGCGUCAUGUCUGCAACGGAAGAAGAGAUGGAGUACUUCAAGCCCAUAUCGGUGCAUAUGUCGAACCUCUUCACGAAGGGAUCAACAUGGCUCGGCGAGGAGAGCCUGAUCGAAUGA